AUGGAGAAGCGAUUAUUUGGAUUGACAACUGUCGUCCUACGAAAACUAGCCUAUCAGCUCGCUGAAAAAAAUGGUAAAACUCACAAUUUUAACCAUGUUAAAAAGAUUGCUGGCAUAGAUUGGUUAAAAGGCUUUAUGAAACGUCACCCGGAUUUAUCAAUUCGAAGACCUGAAGCUACAUCGGCAGCGCGAGCGAUGGGUUUUAAUAAAGUAGCCGUGAAUAAAUUUUAUUCUUUGCUAGGGGAAGUAUAUGACAAAUAUAAUUUAACGCCGGAUAGAAUAUAUAAUUGUGACGAGACUGGAAUAUCAUGCGUCUCCAAAACAAAGAGCAAAAUCAUUGCUGAAAAAGGCAGAAAACAAGUAGGCUCCCUUUCUUCUGCAGAAAGAGGGCAGACAGUUACCGUCGAGAUAUGUUUCAAUGCAGCCGGAACUUAUAUGCCUCCCAUGCUAAUAUUUCCUCGGCAGAGAAUGAAGCAGGAGUUACUGGAUCGAGCUCCUCCAGGGACGACGGCGGAAUGCAACGCUCGAGGCUGGAUGACAACUGAAACCUUCAUGAGUUGGUUCCAACGAUUCGUUAUAUUUUCUGGGGUCUCAAUUACUAAACCAGUCUUGUUACUUCUGGAUGGGCAUGUAACUCAUACUCAAAAUAUUGAGCAACCGUCUUCAACUGUUAAUAAUCAGCAACCACUGCCGCCUCCCCUUGAACCUAUUUUACCUGCAGUACAUCAGGAAACGCCUAUAUCAGAGCCUCAGUCUGGACCAUCUAUGCAACAAGAAAAUAGCGUUUCCCGAUCUCCAAUCCGAAGAGUAUGUCGUGAUUUAACAACUUCCUUUGAAAACGCUUCUCCCAAAGACAUUCUCCCCAUCCCUACCGUUGAACAAAGAAACCAAACGAGAAAAAAUUAUCGCAGAGGGAAAACGGUUGUUCUCACUUCUACUCCCUACAAGAACGAAUUAGAAGAGCGCGAACAACUUAAACGGACGAAGAAGUGUUCCAGUCCGACUGAUCACGGAUAUAAAAAAAACUCAAUGAAACAGAGGACUCAAAAAGCUCGCUCUGAAGGCGAAAAUGUUAAGGAGGAUGCCUUAUGCAUCUAUUGUGUUGACUCAAACCACACUUAUUUGAAGUCUUCGGAGCAUUGGGUGGCCUGCCAACUAUGUGGACAGUGGGCCCAUACAGCCUGUGCAGGAGUUGAUGACGCUGAUUUGGAAGAAAUCCACAUCUGCUUAUUCUGUGAUAAAUAA